AUGUCUGACAACAACUCCGCCGUUGACGCUCACAACACAGCUCGCCGCUCGGCUCCUGGCCAAAACCGACCAGAUCUUACCUGGGACGAUAACCUGGCUCAAGAUGCGAAGACAUAUGCCCAGCAUCUAGCGGACACCAACACAUUCGAGCACUCGGGGGCUGCUGGUCAGGGCGAGAACCUGUACAUGUCCAGUGGGGAUGCCAGUCUGACUGAUGCUGUCAACGCGUGGCUUGACGAGAAGCCCAACUACAACGGCCAGAAAAUCCCGGACGGCAAUUUCGGCAGCUAUGGCCACUACACUCAGUGUAUCUGGCCGACAAGUACAAAAGUCGGCCUCGCUGCCGCCGUGGCCUCGAAUGGCGCGACUUACAUAGUCGGCAGGUACACACCGCCAGGGAACUGGAUGGGCCAAAGCGCUUAUGGAGACACGGACAACGUCUCAGCGGCAGAAGCGACUGACAACGCGCCAUCCGGCCCGUCGCAGUACACUGUCGUCGAUGGCGACUCCAUGUGGAAAAUCUCGGAGAAGCUCGGAGUGUCCUUGGAUGAGCUCAAGAGCCGCAACCCACAGAUCCAGGGUCCCGACUUUGUAGUGCGAAAGGACGACGUGCUCACGGUGCCUUGCGAGUCUUCGCAGAAGCAGUUCGGUGUCAAGGUCCUGUCGGCUAUCCAGAGCGGCGGCUCCGGCUACGUCGUCGUCCCGGGCGACAGCCUCUGGGCUAUCGCGCAGAAGCUCGGCGUGGAUGUCGAAGCGCUCAAGGCGGCCAACCCUGACGUCCAAGGACCGGACUACCAGGUCAAUAUUGGCCAGACUCUCAAUGUCCCAGGGCAGGGUGGUGGCAAGUACACGGUCGUUGCCGGAGACACUAUGUAUAGUAUCGCUGAGAGGUCCGGCGUUAGCCUGCAGGACCUGCAGAGCGCCAACCCUCAAGUGCAGGGACCUGACUACGCACUUCACGAGGGUGACGUGCUGACGAUCCCGGCUGGAGGCCACGCGCCUGCUGGCCCACCUGUGUCCGGCGGGGCCGGCGGUGUUGUGCACUACAGCGGGCCGAGCAGCAACUUCCCGGGGCCGGACAAGUGGGUAUCGUGGGAGACGAUGGCGGCGCACAACGCCGAGGUGAUGAACACGACGGGCAACUCGGCGCAGGAGACGCAGUGGGUGUUGGAUGCCGUGAACACGGUCGCGGGUGAGGUGGGCAUGGACCCGCGCUGCAUACUGGCGGUAAUUAUGCAGGAGUCUCACGGCAAGGUGCGUGUCAACAGCACCACGUCGCCUGGCGCCGGCAUCAACAACACUGGCAUCAUGCAAGCCCACAACGGCGCCUCGUUCGAUGAGGGCGACCCUCAGGGCUCCAUCCUGCAUAUGGUCCGCGACGGUGCCGGCGGCGUCCCGGGACCCACGGGCGGUGAUGGCUAUAAGCAGCUGUUGGAACGAUAUGGCAACGACUUUUACGUCGCUGCUAGGGGCUACAACUCUGGAGACCUGGGGAUCAACCACCAGGACCUGAGCUCGGGCGGUGGGGCGACGAAUGCGUACUGCUCUGAUAUCGCAAACAGGCUGUGUGGUGUUGAUCCUAACUAA